CCUCGUGUAUAAUGAACAUAUAGAAAUAACAAGCAAACAUAGAAACAAAAUAUAUUAGAACACAUGUUUGUUUGUUACUGUUGACGUCACAAUGCCACGACGUAACAAGAAACAAUUCAUCGACAAGAAGAAGUCGGUGACCUUUAACCUCGUGCACAGGAGUCAAAAGGACCCCCUCGCUGCAGACGAAGACGCGCCUCAACGAGUUUUAAUACCGAUAAAUGAAUCUGCUCCACUAGAGAAUCCUGAACAACGGGAAUCUAGAAUUGAGAAUCAGAAAACGUUCGGCAUUGGAUUCGAGGAUGAUUACGAUUAUCUUCAACAUCUCAAACCAUCGUCAAGGAACCAGGAAGCCAUUCUUGUUCCCAAGGAUGGGGACCAAAUUCACAUGGAAAGUGUUGACGAGGAAAACAUAGAAAUCAUAAAAGAUGACACGGUGUUACGACUUCCAUCCAUAGUAUUUGCAUCGCACAGCGAGGGCGACGUUGGUCUGGUGCAUCGUGCGGUCCCAAACCCACGGGGACCACAGCCAUCAUGGGACCCAGACGUGGUGGCGGGGUUAGACGAGGACUUCGAUUUCAACGACCCCGAUAAUGAACUGGAAGAUGAUUUCAUGGCGAUGGCUUGCGAAGAGGGGGAAAGUGACGACGUUGAUAGCGACGCUGAGUCGUGUGACUCGGGGUCAUGUGACCUGGAUGAAUUCUCGGACGAAGAAACGAAGUCACGGUUCACCGCAUACUCGAUAACAUCAUCAGUGAUGGGUAGAAACGAACAACUAACGUUGUUGGACGACAGAUUUGAGAAGUUCUUUGAAAGUUACGACGAGCCGAACAUCGGGGAGUUGUGUCAAGUUGAGAUCGAGGGGGGAAUCCCCGUGGGUGAUGUGGGUGAGAUGGAGGGGUUAGAGUUGUUACUUGGGUUGGGGGGCGGGGUUAAAGAGGGAGAGGAAGAACGUAUACGACCCACGUUGCCUAGCAACCUUGAUAACGACGAUGAUGACAUCAUGGUAACCAUGGUGAUGGAGAAACCUCGCGAUAAUUGGGAUUGUGAGUCGAUAUUAUCCACCUAUUCAACGAUCUACAAUCGACCGAAACUUAUCCAAGAUCCCCCAAAAAUCAAAAUCUCACCAACGACAGGACUUCCCCUAAACAGCAAACCUCAUCUGACCAAAAAACAAUUGAAAUCGUUGGAGCCUGAAGUUGAAAAACCCCGAGUCAUCGUUCGUGGGAAAGAUGAGACGAGGGAGGAGAAGACGGCACGCAAGGCGGCUGUCAAAGAAAUGAAAAAGGAGAGAAGACAAGAGAAAAAGGCGACAAAGAAAGCUUUCCGUGCGGAACAAACGAGACAAAACUUAGAAAUAAUAAAUAUAAACCGUAAUUUAUCGGGGGUUCGGAUACAUUAGGGCGUCGUCAGCCAAUCCAUGGCAGCUUGGUGGACACGGUUGGCUGCACUUCCGUCAAUCUGCGAUUUAAGGAACAACGAGAUGUUGUCUAGCGCCACCUCGAGGCCACCUUGAACUUUCGACAUUUUGUCCGUGUUGUCCUGGUGACAGUGUUUAUGAUGUCAUCAUGUUUGUUUAUGAUGUCAUAGUUGGUAUUUAAUCUGCUGGACCUAAUGUUGCCAGCUAUUUUCAUUUGUUCGCUACCAUAGUGCGUUUUGCAUUUGCAGUACUGGAGUAACUUAUUUUAACAGAUGGUCCUUGUCUACAUUCUGUUAUCCUCGGUUGGUAGUGAACAUAGAAUUAUAUAACCUGAUCCUCAUGAUAAGAAAUGUGGGACGUCAUGUGCUGACCAUCUUACCCCACCGCACAAUCUUUAUAAUGUAGUUUGUGGGACGUCAUGUGCUGACCAUCUUACCCCACCGCACAAUCUUUAUAAUGUAGUUUAAGACUUAACUUACGUGGGAUCUGACGUGAAACUUCUCCAAACCAGCUUUAUUAAACUCCCCACGGUCGUGA